AUGGUGUCUGCGCCGCAGGGCAAGCGAGAGGCGCUUCAUCCGCCCGUGAACGCUCGAGCGAGGCUUGCACUUGCAUCGUGCCAUGGUGCCUUCCCUGUCACCGGUCUUGGCUCGCUUAGUUGCUGCUUCCAAACCCCGGCACUGAAACUUGCGCCUGCCAGUUGCGGCGUAAGCGACCCUUGCCAGAUAGCAACUGCGACUCAGCACCCCAAGCCACCCGAUCUCUUGCCCUCGUCGUAUCUCGAUCCGUUGAUUGGAGGCUUCGUCCUCUCCGCCGCCGGCACUUUUACCUUGGAGAUACACCAUGGCAUCAUCAUCAUCAUGUUGCACCCAAGCUUGCUUAGUGGGACCAACAUCAAGACAGCCAUCGUAAUAUGGGCCCAGCGACUAUCAGCAACACCCACCGUCGGCCACCACCGACAAAUACUAAUGUCACCCCUGCUACUCCACGUGCUGCAACGUGUUGGAACAACUAUCGACUUGCAUCCUGCAUAUCUGGAAGAGGGUGCGCAGGGCGAAAAUGACGCGGCGGAUCAACCGGAUCCGAAACUCAACCAUCUACCUCGCGGAGCAUAUACCAUUUACGAUGGCCGCGUUGAACUCAUGACUCAAUCUCUAGAUAUCGGUGCAACGCUCAUCAAUAUCCAACACGGCCAUAUUCAGCAUCGACAUCUCACUGGCAAUCUAUCGAUUCGCCUGCUCAUCCUGGCCCACCACCAACAUGAUCGCGCUGACUACCAGAUCAUGGGACCCCUAUUUCCUUUCUCUCAUCCUCUACACCGUCUUUCCUACACUACUUUGCAUGCCCAUGUAGGCUCAUCACCUGGAAAGAGCUAG